AUGAGGUUUGGAAGGAAGGGCAAGCUAAGCCCCCGAUUCAUAGGACCUUUUGAGAUACUUGAGAGGGUUGGGAACCUAGCUUAUCGGUUGGCUCUACCUAUGGAGUUGGAGCGAGUCCAUAAUGUCUUCCACGUAUCUCAGCUUAAGAAGUAUGUCCACGACCCGACACAUGUUCUUCCACCGGAAGUGAUCCCUUUGGACGAUGAUAUGUCUUAUGAAGAAAGGCCACUCAAAAUCUUGGAUUUUAAGACCCGGGAUACGCAUAGGAAGUCGGUGAAGAUGGUGAAGGUUUGGUGGUCACAUCAUGGAGUAGAAGAAGCUACUUGGGAGUUGGAAUCGACCAUGAGGGAGCGUUACCCAGAGUUGUUCUCGGCAGAAGUUGGUAGUGGUGUUUGGUUAGAGUUUGAUAUGCUCAUAUCCGUUGGUAAAAUUUCUCCAGUUCUUGUUCGUAGAAUACCUUCUUCCUUACUUUAA